AUGAGACUCACAAAAGAGAUGUUAGAUUACGUCUCACACGAAACACAUGAUGGCCUAUGCAGCUUUCCCAAGCUUCAGGAGGUCUUAAAGGGUCAUUUCAAAUCAAAGCGGGUCCUACUUAUUUUAGAUGAUGUAUGGGAAGCCAUGGAUGACGGCCGAUGGAACAAAUUGUUGGCUCCUUUCAAUUCUAAUGGUGCCGCCGGCAAUAUGAUAAUUCUGACAACUAGAAAACCGUCUAUUGCCAAAAGGAGAGGUACAACUGGACCAAUUAACUUACAUAGUUUGAACAAUGAUGAUUUCUGGCUGUUGUUUAAAGCAUGUGCAUUUGGUGAUGAGAAUUACAAAGAGCAAGCAAGUCUAAGUGACUUAGGACAUGAAAUAGCCAAAAAGUUAAAAGGGAACCCAUUAGCAGCACAAACCACUGGGGCACUAUUAAAAGAUCAUCUUACCGUGGAUCACUGGAGUAACAUUCUGAAGACCGAAGGUUGGAAAUCCUUGCGACACACUGGUGGCAUCAUGUCUUCUUUGAAGCUUUCCUAUGAUGAGUUGCCCUACCUUGUGCAACAAUGUUGCUCAUAUUGUUCCAUAUUCCCCUAUGGUUAUGAAUUUCAUGCCGAGGAGCUAGUUCAUCUUUGGAUUUCACAGGGGUUUGUGAAGAGUGAUCAUUCAAGUAAUAGUUUGGAGGAGAUGGGACGGUACUAUCUGAUUUACUUGGUGAACCUAGGCUUGUUUGAGGAGGUUGAAAGUCGAACUUGCUAUGUUAUCUGUAGCCUGAUGUAUGAUUUUGCAAGGCUAGUUUCAAGAACAGAGUGUGCAUCCUUGGAUGGUUUGCAGUGCAGUGGAAUUUUGCCAACUGUACACCAUUUGUCUAUAGUAACCAAUUCUAUAUAUCAGAGAGAUCACCAGACUGGAAACAUACCUCGUAAUGAGAGGUUUGAAUUUCGCUUGCAAAAUAUAGUUGCAUCAGUGAGAAAACUGAGAACAUUGGUCUUAAUUGGGGAAUAUGACUCAUUUUUCUUCAAAGCAUUCCAAGAUGUAUUUGAAAAAGCACAUAAUCUGCGUUUGGUACAAAUGUCUGCAACAUCUCCUGGUUUUAAUUCCUUUCUGUGUAGCUUGGCAAAUCCCACACAUCUUCGAUAUCUAAAAAUUCAGGAUGGCCAUACUGAGCAGAAGGCUUCGCCCCACAUUUUGAGCAAGAUUUUUCAUCUUCAAGUAUUGGAUGUUGCUUUCUUUAAGCCAUUGCAUACGGUUCUUCUAGAGGAUUGCGGAGAAUUGAGAAUAUCUUUGGAAAUGCUUCAGUUUCUUAAAAGGUUGAAGUUGAGCAACAUGCAAAGAGUAAGCGGAGUAUCGGUUCCGUCAUUGGACGAGCUGGUUUUAGAUGGCAUGCCAGAUUUACAGACAUGUUCUUGCACUUCCGUGGGGGAUAUGAAGUCUAGUUUAAGGGUGCUGGAGAUCCGGAGAUGUCCUUUACUUGAGGUGUUCGAUCUGUUUCAGAAAGGUGGUAACUACGAAAUUGAGCAUAAGUCGUGGUUGCCCAGUCUGAGGAAACUCAUUGUGUGCGAUUGUCCUCGUCUGCAAGUACAUACCGCCCUUCCGCCUUCAGCAACAUUUUCUGAACUAUCAAUUAGUGAGGUUUCAACAAUUAUGGCAAUGGAGGGAUCUUCCAUAGAAAAAUUAAAAAUUAGCGGAGAUAAACUUUUGUGUGAUACACUCGAUGACAAAAUUUUGGCAUUCCAUAAUCUUAAUGAUAUCAAAUACUUGGAGAUAUUGAAUUGCAAAAGCCUAACAUCCAUUUCAUUCAAAGGCUUAAGUCAGCUCAUCUCCUUAAAGAGUUUUAAAAUAGUGCAUUGCAAAGAAUUUUUCUCUUUGGAUGAUGUGCUAGAGCAGACCCAUGACAACAUGAUAAUUGCAAAUGAAGAUAUUCUCCCGGCUCUUGAAAGUCUUGAUAUUAUCAGAUGUGGAAUAACGGGGAAGUGGCUAUCUUUGAUGCUGCGACAUUCGCCGACCCUGAAGGAAUUGUAUUUAUAUGAGUGCCCGCAGUUGAAACAGUUGAAGAUAGAAGAGGAAGGAAAUGUUCAACCAAACCUUCUCCCAGCUUUCGAGGCUUCGUCAUCCGGAUAUGCUGAUGGAGUUGUGCACAUUCCAUUGAAUCUCAGAAAGAUAAAAAUUGGUAGAUGCCCUCAUAUAAUAUUUGACGGGAGUAGGGAAGGCUUUGCUGGAUUUACCUCCUCCUCACAGGUCGAGAACGGAAGAUGUCUCCUCCCGCAAUCACUUGAACAUCUUGAUUGGUCUGAUUAUUCCCGAGAAACUCUACUGCCCUCUUUUGUGGGUAAUCUCAUGUGGCUCAAAAAAUUAAAUGUAAGGAAUGGAAGAAGUUUGCAAUAUCUAAAACUUGAUUCCUGUAAGGCGUUGGAAGAAUUGGAAAUUCGCGAUUGCAAUCAGCUCUUCACAUUAGAGGGCAUGCGAUCGCUUGGAAUCCUCGUGUCUUUGAAAUUAUCUUAUAACUCAAGAUUGAAAUCUCUGCAGCUGCAUUCCUGUACGUCGCUGGAACAUUUGGAAAUUUGGUUCUGCAGUUCGCUCGUCACACUAGAGAGCUUGCGAUCCCUCGUGAACCUCAAGCAUUUGGAAAUACUUGAUUCCCCUGCCUUGGAUUCCCUUACCGCACUGGAGAGUACUGAGCCAACUGGGGGGAUUUCAAGUCAUAGCCAUGAGUUAUUCUUCCCUGCACUGGAAAGUCUCGCGAUCGAUGACUUGUCUCCCCUUAACAUGUCAUUCUGCAAGGGCCUCACCUGCCUCCGAAGCCUAAACCUUGUUUUUUUGGAUGCAACGAGACUAACAGAUGAGCAAGAGAGAGCGCUUCUGCUCCUCAGCUCCCUGCAAAAGCUCGGCUUUUAUGCUUGUAAGGGUCUCGUACGUCUUCCCGCAGGGCUGGGCGGCCUCCCUUCCAUGAAGAAGUUGGAGAUCAGGUGGUGUAAACAAAUCUCAGGGCUUCCCAAUGCGGGCCUCCCACCUUGGCUGGAAAAACUGGUAAUCUACAAGUGCAGCGACAAGUUAUCAGAACAAUGCAGAUUGCUAGCAACAAGCAAGCUGGAGGUCAAAAUUGAUGGGGACUAUGUGAACUGA